AUGGCUGCUGUGACCUCGGUGCCUUAUUUUACUGAGAGGUUCUCUUUAACUUGCAACAAGCCAGUGUCCCACCUGCAGCUGUCCUGCUGUCCGUACCCAUGGCAGGACAAGAAUAUAAGAAUUUAUGAAAAACAACAACCUCCCUUGGAGCUCAGUGGUCACCAUGGUGAUGUGUCUGCCAUGGCUUUUGGGACGGUUAGAGAUUGUCUCCUCUACUGUAGUGCUUCUGAAGGUAAUGUUAUCGUCUGGGACGGUGAUCGCUGCUACACACAGAUCAAAGACGGUGGAAUAUCCUCAGGUAGAGUUGUUGGCACAUUGCUCGGCCGGCUGGUGCAUCUGUCGCUGUGUCCACUGAGUGCAAAAAUGGCCACAUGCUCCGACUCCAGAGUGUCUCUAUUGAAUGCAGAGGCCACUGUAUUUGUGAUUCCUAUAGAAGCUCCUCUUGCUCCUGUGACUGCAUCAGAGUUCUGUCCAUGGAAUGUUAAUCUUCUCAUCUCAACAUCAGAAGACAGAACAUUUAAGAUUUGGGAUGUGAAGAAGGGAGAUAUUCUCUUUGAAUGUUUUUGUUUCACAGUGUAUCCACUGCUUAGUCUGUUCUUCAUGGAGCAAAACAGUCAGUUCAUCACAGGGUCUGGUGACGGACAGCUUUGGUGCUACACUCUCCCUGUGGACCACAAAUGCCGCUUGGUGACAAAACUGGACCUUUCAAAGCUUGAACAGAAGCAUGGGAGAAAUCUCAGAAAAAACAGCUCACCUCAAAAUAGACCAGAUGGAGCGACUCGUAAUGAUGUGAGAGGAACAGUGGAGACAGCAAAGCCUGUUCUGAGAAUUUGGGCACAGAAACUGCAGUCCAGACAUACUAGCCUGCAGCAGAAGUAAAGUUGUGUGUGGAUCUGAAGUUCUGAUGGACUAUAACGGCUUGACCUGGAUACUUCAAAGCUUCUCAUGAAUCUUCCACUCAGAGGUGACCUAAGCAUUUCAAUGGCAGGGUCAUGGGCCAUCUCUGAUUAACUUGGUGCCAAUUUAAGUACUAUGUGUUUUUUGGUGACUUUUCUAUUUGGGACUUCAGUAGCCCUUUUAGAGGUUAAAAGUGCCAGGCUGGGUGGGCUCUGCUUUAGGUUGGCGAUGGGCGUCUCUCUGGAUGAGUAACUUUCAGCUGUGCCCAGUACUCCUCCGAUGACUAUGUCCCCUCUGAAUGCUGAGCUGGCAAAACAUGGCCCAAAACCUCAGAGAAAAAUCGGUGUGAGCUGUCAGAAGAGUGUAAAGGAUCAGCCUUUGGUUUUUCACACACAAGUGAAGUCAUCAGGAUACAAUACAGCUCCUCAUUGGACCCUGUUUAGACUAAAGACCAAUGUUAAGAAGAAAAGCAACUCUUCCACAACAACUAUCACAAAUACGAAGUGCCUCAUAAGUAAAAAUCCUUCACAUUUUGAAGCGCCAUAUAUGCCUUAUGCCCAUUUGACAGUUUCCACAACUCCAACUGUCAGCUCUCCACAGUACUCAGGAGAUGGAAAGCAGAUUGCGUGAGGCCCUGGAGAUGGUUCUGUUUUGUUGUACAACUCUUCACUCACCAGCACCCCAGCUGUCUACACAGGGCACAGUAAGGCUGUGAAUACUUUAUUCUGGAGUCACAGUAAGCGGUGGAUUUUGAGUACCUCUAAGGAGCCCACCCUUUUCAUCUGGACCGCAAAUGCUUCUGAACCUGUUCUGACCAUGGGAGAUGAACAGUUUGCAAAGCCCAUCAGAAGUGCACAGUUUUAUUAUCUGGACAAGUUUUUACUGCUGGCGUCAGGAUCAGAUCUAAUGCUGUACCUUUACCAUCUGGACACCACGAGAGAUGACAUCAAGAGGGAUAAGCAAAGAAGUAAGUCUAAAUUGACCAGUAAUUUCAGCGUGAAAUCAGGAACGGACAUCAUUUCAGUGUCAGCCAUCAAUGACUUCUACUCCUGUUUCCUUAAAUACCUGACUUAG